UAUCUAUCCGUGUUGGAAUCCUUUGGACUUUGCAUUUCAAUACAAUACAAUACAAUACAAUACACUCUUUCUAGUUCAUCAAGCAACAACGUUGUGGGUCCUGUCCUAUAAGACUAGCAUCCUGAUUUUUAGGUGUGAACUAGGAUCACUUCUCUCUCCUCAAUGGAGUACUAGAUUUUCAUUUCAACCAUGUUCAUGCCUCCACUAUGUCACUGUUGUUGGAUUAGUUUAGUUUAGUUUAGUUUAGUAUUUUUGUUCUCUCCAUCAAAUCAAAUACAAAUAAAUACCAUUGCACCCUUUUCUUGAACUACUAUAAUAAAACAGAGUUUUCUGGAAGGAACAUAGUAUCCUAGUAAUUACUUGUGGUGGUGGUUGUGUGUUGAUCUUUGUUUCCCAUGUGCUGACUUGGUUGUUUUCAACUUUUUUUGUUGUUAUUUGUGUCCAUUUCCUCUUUCCCCAUUUGGGUUUUCUCUUCUCCACUUUCCUUUGGUCUUGGGGUUGAAAAGGUCAAAUUUUGAGGAUCUAAAGAGUGUUGUUGUGUGAAAAACAGCUACUUCUCUUCAUCUUGCUAGUGGGUUUGCUUUCAUUUUGUUGAAGUGCUCUUGGCUUGGCUCUUCCUGGAUCCAGGUUUAGCUGGAAGAUGACUGUGAUUGAAGGUUCCAACCAUUAGUCCUGAAUAACUGAGGUAGAAGAUGGAAAGUACAGGCUUGUGGAUUCAAAAAGAGGGCCACAUGAAAAAAGAUUCAUUGAAUGACAAGGAGUUAUCAGAUGAAGACUCUUCAAAAUCACAGUUCAAGAAGUUGAUUAAACGGUCAAACUCUCAUCGUGCAAUAGCUGUAAAUGCUGUCCAAUCAAAAGUUAGUAAAUUUCUCUUCAAGGAUUUAUUUGAUCGGCGUGUCCAUGGACUAGACAAUAGGAUUCCAAAGCAUGUGGUGAGUGUUGACGAGAAAUAUCUUCGCCGCUGCCUAGAAUUGUUACACAACAGCGCGUUAAAAGCAGCUCAAUGCAACAUACCUGUGAGCUUAAGAACCACAAACAUGAUGAGCUUGAAUUUGGCUAAUUUUUUUUAUGGAAAUACAUGUGGUUCUUUUGUCAUUGAAUGUCCUGUAUCCACUGAUAUUGGGAGAGUAGUAAUCAGUGCUGAUGGCGGAGAACAGUGGCCUUUAGGUGCAGUAAUGGGGAGCAAGAGUAUGAUGAAUAUAUUGAAUAGUGCUCUACUUCAGCGGUUUGGUUCUUCAGAUAGAAAAGAAACUUUGAACAAGAUGAACUUUUCUGAUGCAGAAGGAUUGAUAUGUUAUGAUUUUAUGGACUCUCCCAGUGAUUUAAGUAUCUCUUCAUCGUAUAAACCAGAAAGGGAAACACGGUUGGUGCCAAGCCUUAAGCAUGGCUCCAUUUCUGUUCAUGAAAGACUUGCUUCCACUGCUAGCACUUCCUCUGCUUGUGCAGAUUGGUUGUCUUCAGCUUCUUCUACGUUGUCUCAGGGAAUGAUCCAAUGUACAUGGAAGCAAGGGAUUCCUUAUUUUGUUUUUUCUGCAGAUAAUCAGAAGGAGGUUUAUGUAGCGAAAUUGAGGAAGGUAGACUCGGCAGAGGAUAAGGCUUUGGACUACGUAUACCAGUUUCACUUGAACAAGGGAGGUCAAAAGGUUCGUGAUAUUCCUGACGGUGAUUUGCAGCUUGCUGGGAAGAUGAAUGUAUCAACGAGUUUCACUCUCUGCCGAAACAAUUGUAGAAUAAUGGAGACGGAGUUUACAUUAUUUCAUAACAUUGAAAUAUUGUCCACAUCAGAGCAUUCUCACAGGAAGAACAAGGGCCUGACGAAAAAAGUGUCUAACGUCUUCAGAACUAGUCCAUCUUCAAAACGCAGAACGCUCUCAAAAUUUGGCGGAUCUAGUGCCAUAGAUGAGAGUUGUCUGUGGGAGCCGCAUGCUUUUGGAGGGACCAAUUUGUUAGAGUCUAAUGUUCCUCCCAAUUUUGAGAUGGCUGCCAUUGUUGUGAAAGACCAUCUUCCUUGUAAUAAGCCACAAAAAGUAGGAGGCUGGGGUUUGAAAUUUCUCAACAAAUCUGGAGCAAAGCAAAUUGAGUCGCCUUCUGAAAAUUGUAAUCAAAAUGAUGGUGACUGCUCAUCUAGCAUGAAUAUUCUAAUUCCGGCCGGUCUUCAUGGUGGGCCAAGAACCAGAAAUGGCGGCCCAUCCAGUUUGAUAGAUAGGUGGAGAUCCGAUGGCCACUGUGACUGUGGUGGUUGGGAUGAGGGAUGUCCUCUGACAGUACUUCAGAAAAGAUCUAGCAAGCCACAGGUUCUAUCUCAAGUAAAUACACAAGGCGAAUGCAAGUCUGUUGAUUUAAUUUCUCAGGGUUCAAGUGAUUUCAGCCCCACCUUGAGGAUGGUCAAUGUUCAUGAUGGUCUAUAUUAUAUUCAUUUUCACCCACCUCUUUCUGCACUACAGUCGUUCUCCAUUGCUGUGGCGUUAAUUCAUAUGCAAAGUCCUAGUCUUCGGCCCAAGAGUGCACAGGAGUGAAAAUUGAGGUUAUUUAGCAGUCAUAAUUCUCUUACUGUAUUAUAAAAGCAAUUGAUGAGAAGAUUCUGGUUGGUUUUUAUACAUGGAUUGGGUUUUUGUUCCUAUGUUUAGGUUUGUUACUUUCCAUACUUUCAGAUGUAUCUUAUUUAGGAGAACUACUAGCUCUGUUUGUCCCUUCUGACAAUUCAUAGACAAGAGCAAUUGUAAACAUCUUUUCCCUCAUUCUUUUUGAUGAAGAGGAUAGAAUGUACAAGGGUUUGCUGAAGAAACUUGGUAACUUGUGGUAUUAAGGUUGGGUUUGUUAUAGUAGCUGAUAUGAAGUGGAAUUACCACUGAGAUUGGGUUUGUUAUAGUAGAACAUAUGUAGCAUUGAGAUUGGUAACUUGUAACUAAAGGAAGUGGAAUUACCACUUAUUCUGAAGAAUAACUAUUUGAAGAUAGCUAUUCAACAAUGGAUUAUGAGUUAUGACUCAUAUUUUGAUAUGAAGCAUAACAGAGAUUUUGUUUCUUUUAA